AGAGCUCUUCUCUUCCUUUUCGACCCUAAUCGAGGUCUGCACUUCGCAGUGCGGCAACUGAAGGAUUGAGCUCGAGGCAUAACUUGCAGUUUGCUUGCUCUACUAGUAAGAAGCACGACGCUGGCACCAGACUAGCACCAAGCAGCCAUGGUAAACGCGACAUAUGAAGCUGUUCCCGGGUUCUUUCUCCAAGACGGUCCAAGUUGCAAUCCAGAGAUCAUUGGAGCUACGCCCCCCAGGUUCGGUCUCAUAGAUGAGUCGCCAGACCGCUGGACGAAGUUCGAGGCUGCCGUUACGAAGCUCAACGCAGAUGCCGGGGAAGGGACAUCGUACAAGGCGUUCAUACUCGGGAGACAUGGGGAGGGGUGGCAUAACGUCGCGGAAGCAAAGUACGGAACGAAAGCCUGGGACGAUUACUGGUCCAAACUCGACGGCGACGGAGAGAUAGUGUGGGGCCCCGACCCGGAACUUACUCCCCUCGGACAAUCCCAAGCCGCCCUCGUCAAGGCCUUGCUCGACGCCGAAGUAGAGGCCGGCUUCCCUAUCCCAGAUACUCUGUACAGCAGCCCGAUGACGCGCGCUCUGCAGACGCUCGUGGGGACGUUCGGUGAUGAGCGGGAUACACUCAUCCUCGAAAAUAUACGCGAGCACUACGGCGAGCACACGUGCGACAAGCGCCGCCCUCUCUCGUACAUCCGCCACGCGUUUCCGAAGUUCCGAGUCGAAACUGGGUUCAGCGAGGAAGAUGCGCUGUGGACGGAGGAGAGGGAGGCGGAAGCGCAUGUUGCUGAGCGCGCGAGGAUGGUAUUGGAUACCAUUUUCGAUCAGGAUGAUAGAUGGCUAGUCUCUAUCACAUCGCAUAGCGGAUGGAUAAAUGGACUCUUGAGUGCGAUAGGGAGGGAGCGGUACAAGCUACCUACAGGAGGCGUGUUGCCCGUCGUUGUGAAGCAAAUUCGCAGAUAAGUGAAGUGCAUUGGUGAGACUUGCGACACGAUCCGCGGCAUAUACGUCUGCUCGUCUGCGCGCAUUAUACUGGAUAAUAAAUUCAUGAGUCAUGUUUAACUCUACUCGGAUGUGCAGGAACUUCGAAUUCAUCACUCUAAUGCAAUACAAUACAAUAUGACCUCUAGGGCGU